CCGGCUGUGGACUCUGUGGGGAGCGACUGUAAGGAUGAAGCUGUCAGCGUUGUUGCUGCUGGCCCUGCUGGCCCUGUCAUCAGCCAGUCUGCAGGACAUUGUGAAGAAGAGUGCGCAGCACAGAAAAACUUCCUUACUGAACCCAGAGCUGGAGGGCCUGGUGCCUGAGCCCACUGGUAACAAUGUGGUGUCAGCUCCUCUGACUCCUGCUGACUUGGAGCAGCAGCAGGGUCUACCUUCCUCCAUUUUCGGCGAUAACGUGAACCUGGAGUGGCUGACCUGGGACGGUUCUCUGCCCAACGGAGCCGUUGCAAUCUACAACGGUUACACGGAGCGCACCGACUACGUCUGCAAGUACCAAUGCGAGGCCGGAUUCUACAACCCCAGCCUGGGCCCAUAUUGCCGCUACCCCUAUGGAGACCGUGAGUACUAUGCUGCUGAGUUUGAGAUUCUGGCCAACAAAGACAACUUUGAGUUUCUGGAGUGGAAGGAAGACUCCUAUGGUUCAGUGCCCCAGCAUUCAGUCAGGACCUGCUCCGGUGUUGGCAUCUAUGUUGGGAAGAACAAGUACGGUCUUGGGAAGGUUGUUCCUCAGUUUGAAGCCUUCUUCUUGCCUUGGGAAGGUGAUGAGUAUUGGUACAAGAACUACCAGGUCCUGACCAUCAACAGGGAUGCCUACACCCAACACAUCACUGACGUCAAGUACGCCAUUGAUGAGGUCGCCCUCUUCCAGUAUCCUCCUGAGACCAUGCGCAUCUCAGGGGUCACCAACAACGAGUGCCAGACAGUGGUGAAGACAGUCACCAUCUCAAAGACCUCGGAGGUGGAGACCACCUGGAACAUUGGCCGUUCCACCAUGCUGGGUAUCACAGGCAGCAUCACAGCUAAAAUCCCCCUCAUCGGCUCUGCAGGUGUUGAGCUGAGCGGCGAGAAGACGCUCCAGUUCUCCAGAGGAACCACCCUGGUGGAGGUACUCAGCCACUCAGUGUCUGUGGAGCUCAAAGUCCCACCGAACCACUCAUGCAGAGUCCGCAUGGAGGGACGCAAGAUGAAAGCCGACAUCCCCUACACAGCUCGCCUCAGCCGCACCUACCGUAACGGGGAGACCCAGUGGACAUCCAUCUCUGGGACAUAUGAUGGAGUCCAGAUUGGAGAAGUACGGGCCGUAGUGGACCGCUGUGAACCUGUGGUCGACGCCCUGCCAUGCCCCUGAAAGACUGACUGAAAAUACACCAAAAGAAAUGUUUGAACAACAUCUGAUCUUUGUGAAAUUGUAAGCAAAUAACGUGUCACAAUAAAAUAACACAAAGCACAUGGUGUGUGGAAAAUGGAAAA